GGAAUGUCCGUGCCACAGAGCUGCUUCGGUUAUCCCUUGAGCAUCUUCUUCAUCGUGGUCAACGAGUUCUGUGAAAGGUUUUCCUACUAUGGAAUGAGAGCACUCCUGAUCCUGUACUUCCGGCUUUUCAUCGGCUGGAAUGACAAUCUGUCCACUGCCAUCUACCACACCUUUGUGGCUCUGUGCUACCUGACGCCCAUUCUAGGAGCCCUCAUCGCCGACUCCUGGCUGGGGAAGUUCAAGACAAUUGUGUCGUUGUCCAUCGUCUACACCAUUGGACAGGUGGUCAUGGCCGUGAGCUCCAUCAAUGACCUCACAGACUUCGACCACAACGGAACCCCCAACAGCAUGUCUGUGCACGUGGCGCUGUCCAUGAUCGGCCUGGCCCUGAUUGCUCUGGGUACUGGCGGGAUAAAGCCCUGUGUGUCGGCCUUUGGGGGCGAUCAGUUUGAAGAGGGCCAGGAAAAGCAAAGAAACCGAUUUUUUUCCAUCUUUUAUUUGGCCAUUAAUGCUGGAAGUUUGCUUUCUACUAUCAUCACUCCCAUGCUCAGAGUUCAACAAUGUGGAAUUCACAGUACCCAGGCUUGCUACCCACUGGCAUUUGGGGUUCCUGCUGCUCUCAUGGCUGUAUCUCUGAUUGUGUUUGUCAUGGGCAGCAGAAUGUACAAGAAGCUCAAGCCCCAGGGUAAUGUCAUGGCCAAAGUCGUCAAGUGCAUCGGGUUUGCCAUCAAAAAUAGGUUUAGGCAUCGGAGUAAGAAGUUUCCCAAGAGGGAGCACUGGCUGGACUGGGCCAAGGAGAAAUAUGACGAGCGGCUCAUCUGUCAAAUCAAGAUGGUCACGCGCGUGAUGUUCCUGUAUAUCCCGCUCCCCAUGUUCUGGGCUUUGUUUGACCAGCAGGGCUCCAGGUGGACACUGCAAGCAACGACCAUGAAUGGGCAAAUUGGGUUGCUUAAAAUCCAGCCGGAUCAGAUGCAGACCGUCAACGCCAUCCUGAUCGUUAUCAUGGUUCCCAUCAUGGAUGCUGUGGUGUAUCCUCUGAUCGCGAAGUGUGGUUUGAAUUUCACCUCCCUGAGGAAGAUGACAGUUGGGAUGUUCCUGGCUUCCAUGGCUUUCGUGGCAGCUGCCAUCGUGCAGGUGGAGAUUGACAAAACUCUUCCAGUCUUCCCCAAAGGAAAUGAAGUCCAAGUUAAAGUACUGAACAUAGGAAAUAACAGCAUGUCCGUAUCUUUUCCUGGAACGACGGUGACCCUUGACCAGAUGUCUCAAACACACGAAUUUCUGACUUUCGACGUCAACAAACUGACAAGUAUAAACAUUAGUUCUGCUGGAUCACCAGCCACUCCAGUAACUUACAACUUUGAGCAGGGCCAUCGCCAUACCCUUCUGGUGUGGGGCCCCAGUCACUACCGAGUGGUAAAGGACGGCCUUAACCAGAAGCCUGAAAAAGGAGAAAACGGAGUCAGAUUUGUAAAUACUUUUGACGAGAGCUUCAAUGUCACGAUGGAUGGGAAAGUCUACAUAGAUGUCACCAGUCACAACGCCAGCGCCUAUCAGUUUUUUCCUUCAGGCGCAAAAAGCUUCAUCGUGCACUCACCGGAGAUUUCACCGCAGUGUAAAAAUAAUUUCACGUCCUCCAGCCUUGAAUUUGGCAGCGCGUUUACCUAUGUGAUCACGAGGAAGGAGGACAGCUGCCCCGAUCUGAAGAUUUUUGAGGAUAUUUCCCCCAAUACGAUUAACAUGGCUCUGCAGAUCCCGCAGUAUUUCCUCAUCACCUGCGGCGAGGUGGUCUUCUCUGUCACGGGACUGGAGUUCUCCUAUUCUCAGGCUCCUUCCAACAUGAAGUCGGUGCUUCAAGCAGGAUGGCUGUUGACCGUGGCUGUUGGCAACAUCAUCGUGCUUAUCGUGGCAGGAGCAGGCCAGUUCAGUGAACAGUGGGCCGAGUACGUUCUGUUUGCGGGGUUGCUCCUCGCCGUCUGCAUAAUAUUUGCCAUCAUGGCUCGAUUCUACACGUACAUCAACCCAGCAGAGGUUGAAGCUCAGUUUGAUAUGGACGAAAAGAAAAAGUACCUGGGAAAGGAUAGCCUGUACCCCAAGCUGGACACCGACGUACAGACGCAGAUGUGACCAUCAAGAAGCACGUGGAGGAUGGCGUGGGCCCAGAAUGUGCCCGGGCCUCCUGUCCCCUGGUGACAGGACCCUCUGCUGGGUGGCCCCUGAUGGGAACGACUUGAGGACAGUGAACCAAACCAAGAAAGCUCUUUUCUAAGCAGCCAGCCAUGAACCUAAAACUCUAAAACAUGUCCUGCUGUUCCUUUUCUUUUUUAGAGACGUCUUUAAAAGUACACACACAUAUGUGCACACACACACACACAACACUGGGUCCAUACCCUGCAUGUUACUCCUUUCCUACCACACAAAUCAAGUCAUUUGCGAUUAACUUAAGUUUUUGAAAUGGUGGCAAAGUUGUGUAUUGUUUGCAUUCAGACAUUCUAUGGAAACGGUGUUAAACAAGACAGGAGCCAAGAUGAAAUGUGAGCGUAUGGGGUUUGCAGUGGAAAUUGAUGAGACUGCCCUCUUCCCUGAUAACUUUACCUUCUGUUUGAGUUUUGUUUUUUCCAGAUCCUCCCUCUUUUUAAAUUAUGUGUCACUCAAAAAACCAGCCGAGUAAAGAAGGCAAGUCAUGGUU